AUGGGAGCUAAAAGUGGUAAAAAUAAAAAAGAUCCAACUAUAUUAAGUGAUGAUGAGUUGAAAAUAUUACUGAAUUGUACUGGCUAUACCGAUGAGGAAAUUUUAGCAUGGCAUGCUGGCUUUUUAAAAGAUUGUCCAUCAGGUAAAUUGGAUAAAAAACAAUUUUUAAAUGUAUAUAAGAAAUUCUAUCCCAACGGAAAAGCUGAUAAAUAUUGUAAUUUUGUCUUCAAAGCAUUCGAUUUAGAUGGCAAUGGUUGGAUUGAUUUUACUGAAUUUUUAACUGCCGUUAGUUUAUCACAACAUGGUGAAUUGCCAGAUAAAUUAGGAACGGCAUUCCAAAUCUAUGAUCAGGAUAAAGAUGGGCGAAUAAAUCGUAAAGAUAUGAUUAAAAUAAUUGAGGCAAUGUAUGAUUUAGCCAAUGAGGAAGAUCGAACGGGAGAUAAAGCACCGGAAAACCGUGUAGAAUUAAUAAUGAAAAGAUUAGAGAGAGACGGUGAGUAAAAAUAAAUAAUUUUUGCAGUCAUUGAAGCAUUGUUACCUCCUAAUUUCUUAUGAAUAUAAAACGCAGGGCUGUCGCGACUAGUCAGACUUUGGGGGGGGAGGGUUCCAUUGAAACAAGAAUUUUUUUUUCAGAGAACUUAAGGAAAUCCUUUUUCUACUGGAAAAAAUUGAUUUAUUUUUUAUUUUUCUGGGGAUGACGGCGGGGGGGGGGGGGGGCGGGGGGGGGGGGGGGCGGGGGGGGGGGGGGGGGGGCGGGGGGGGGGGGGGGGGGGGGGGGGGGGGGG